UGUCAACAAAGACGGAAGCAGCAGCAAGUGUAAAAUCAGUCAAACACAAAUUUAAACACUUAAAUAAAAUGAAUUUCAACAAAAUUUUCGUUCUCCUGGCUGUUUUCAUUGCCGCCUUCGCUGGUCAAACCGAUGCAGGAUGGUUGAAAAAGAUUGGCAAGAAAAUUGAGCGCGUUGGUCAACAUACACGAGAUGCCUCAAUACAGACCAUCGCUGUGGCCCAACAGGCAGCCAAUGUUGCGGCAACAUUGAAAGGAUAAGCUGAAUAUUUUUCUGCGCCAACUAUAUAUUUAUAUGUUUUGUAACUUAAUUUAAAUUAAGAUUAUUUAUUUAGACAUUUCUAUGACUGAUUUAUGAAGAGUAAAAUAGAAAAAGUAUUUUAUUAAAAUACGAUAUUGAAAAAUAUAAAAAAAUAAAAUAAAAACA